CGUGACGUCAUUUCCGGUUCUGCCAUUUUGCGGAUCGGUCUCGAGCUGCGGGUGUGUUUCUUGCCGAAUACCGAUAAUAUAGUCUUAACAAUAAAGCCCAAUUAAACCGGCAAAAUGUCAGAUUUUGAUAGCAACCCCUUCGCGGACCCGGACUUCAGCAACCCGUUUCAGGAUCCAUCAGUGACACAAGUAACACAGACUGCCCCGCCUGGCCUGGAGGAGUAUAACCCUUUCACAGACACAAAGCCGGUCCCGCCAGGCUCCGCCCCUAAAUCAGUCCCACCCACAGCCAACACACAGCCAGCCAUCAUGAAACCCACCGAAGAACCGCCAGCCUACACUCAACCUCAGCAGACACAGGAUCAGGCGCGAGCCCAAGCGGAGUUAUUGCAGAGACAGGAGGAGCUGGAGAGAAAAGCCGCUGAGCUGGACCGCAGGGAGAGGGAGAUGCAGUCUCUCAGCGCAUCAGGAGGGAGGAAAAACAACUGGCCGCCCCUUCCAGAGAAGUUUCCGGUGGGUCCGUGUUUCUAUCAUGACAUAUCAGUGGACAUCCCUGUGGAGUACCAGAAAACCGUCAAGAUCAUGUACUAUCUCUGGAUGUUCCACACGGGGACGCUGUUUGCCAAUAUAUUCGGCUGUUUGUCGUGGUUCUGUGUAGAUGCGUCGAGGGGAGUGGAUUUUGGUCUGGCCAUGCUCUGGUUCAUGCUCUUCACACCCUGUUCAUUUGUCUGCUGGUACAGACCUCUGUAUGGAGCGUUCAGGAGUGACAGCUCUUUUAGGUUCUUUGUCUUCUUCUUCAUCUAUAUCUGCCAGUUUGGUGUCCAUGUGCUGCAAGCCAUCGGCAUUGCUGGUUGGGGUGCUAGUGGCUGGAUCUCAGCGCUGACCGGGCUGAACACAAGUAUUCCCGUCGGCAUCAUCAUGAUCCUGAUUGCUGCCCUCUUCACCACAUCGGCUGUCAUCUCUCUCAUCAUGUUUAAAAAGGUUCAUGCACUGUACCGAACCACCGGCGCCAGUUUCGAGAAGGCGCAGCAGGAGUUCGCCACCGGCGUCAUGGCCAACAAAACGGUGCAGGAGAGACCUAAAAAUGGCUGUGUGUCACACCUGAGUUCCUCUACCUGUGCGUGUUUUGAUGGAGAAACUUCAUGGUGA